AUGCAAAGCCCGAUAGGGCAAUGUAACAGUUCCUCGGGGGAUGUAAUGACAAAUUCUGAUAGGUUAAAAUGGUACUGUAAUGAAAUCUUGAGGAGAAUAGAGGGUUCUGGACCCAUUUCAGCAAUAGAUUUUAACACGGAAGGCACACACCUAGCCUAUGGAAAUGCUGAUGGGAUUGUUAGCACCAUUGAGAUCGGCAAAGCGGAUAUUUCUGAACUAACACAACAUUGUCAUAUCUGCUCAAAACCUUAUCAAAUUUUUCUCAGUCAUGAGCCAGAGUUUGACUGCCUGAAAUCUCAAGCUAUAGAGGAAAAAAUCAGUCAUAUACGUUGGUUACCAAGGUCUGGGCGUUCUCACUUCAUACUCUCUUCCAAUGAACGUACUAUCAAACUUUGGCAACUAACUGAACUCCCAACACAAUCAUUUUCAAAUUUAAAUUUUCCUGUUGAAUGUGGUUGUCGACGAAAAGUUGUUAUACGAUCAUUGUCCGACAUUAAAGUUCCAGUUUGUGUAAAAAAUUAUGAAAAUACAAAUGUUCGUGUAUUGAAUCGAAAGAUAUUUGCACGUGGGCAUGGUUUUACAAUCGUCGGCAUCUCACCAUCUGCUGAUCGAGAGACAUUUUUCUCCGCUGAUCCACUUCGAAUUAAUAUGUGGAAUCUGGAAGUUACAAAUGAAGUGUUUAGUAUUGUUGAUCAUAUGCUUGAUCGGUUAGAUGAUCGAUCUCAUUUGAUCACUGGGAUUAGUUGUAGUAAUACUAGUCCAUCACUUUUUGCCUAUGGUACAAAUAGAGGUUCUAUUUUUGUUUGUGAUACACGAUCAAGUUCUCUUUGUGAUCAUCCUUCCCUUGCUUUUCACAGUCUUGCUGCAGAUGAAUCGAAUGUGCUUACUAUUCUAACAAAUUCUAUAUCAGAUUUAAAAUUUGGCAAAUUCUCUGAUCAUCUUGUUUUUUCACGUGACUAUAUGAAUGUGAAAACUUGGGAUUCAAGAAUGCCAAAUCAACCAGUUGAAAUUUAUCCUGUUCAAAUUCAUUUAAGGAAGCAUCUCACAGUUCUCUAUGAAACUGAAUUACUUUUUGAUGAUUUCAAGUUAACUGUCUCCUCAGAUGAUCGUUUCAUAUUAACCGGUUCCUACAGUAAUACAGUGAAAAUUUUUGAUCGUCAUAAUCCCCUUGAAGGUUCAUAUAAAUUAACUAUGCAAGAUGAAGAGGCUAGUUCAUUUAUUGAUCCAUUUCGUACAACAGAUAGUGGCGGUGUUGGCGGUCUUGGUGUUAGUGGUGGUACUUCAGUAUUUGUUUCUCCACUACCAGAUAGUAUUGAUAUACCAUGGCCUAGACAAUUACACGAUGAAUUAAUCGAUAUUACUGAUGGCGGUUAUUCUAAACUAUCAUCAUCAACACUAUCACAGUCAUCAUCAUCAUCACUAAUCGAUUAUUCAAAUGAACAAUUAUUCACUGUUGAUGUUGGACGUAAAUGGUUACAAGUUAGCUGGAGGUCUGGUUCCAAUGUUGCUGCAGUUAGUCAUUCAGAUGGCAUACAUUUGAUUGAAGCAUUAAGUUAAAGGAGUAGUAGGUGUGCCAUUUUUUGUGUAUAAUCCAUUAUCUCUCCUCUUGCUCCACCUUCCUGUUUGUUGUUUUACAAUGAAAUAAUUACACAUUCCUAUAGUUGUGCGCGUGCGUGCGUGUUACCUCUUUAAUUUUCUUGUGUCGCCUUCUGUUUUUCACCUUCUUUUCUUUUGUUCAGCUGUUUGUUUGGGUUGGAUUCUUUUGCUUCCAAGUUUUCCAUUUUUUUAAAAUCAUUUUUGACAGAAAGUGAGAGAGGGGGAAGUUUGAAUUUUCUCU